GCCUCUAACCGGAAGUUAUCGUCCUUGCCGCGAAAUACCAACUGUGAACAGUAUAAUUCAGUAAUUUAUCUACAAAGCGCGGAUGGUCAAUUAUUAAUGUUUGAAAUUUUUUACGUUAACUCACACGGACUGUAGUAAUUACGGAAGCUACCUAGCAGAAUAUGCAGCGGAGUAAAGCGGCUGCCGGUGUCGGAGUGAAGCAGGUAAUAGUGGCUCUGUGCAGGCUGCUAGCGGCCACCGGCUUGGACUCUGUCCCCGCUCCAGAGGCCUUCAGACGUGCCAAAUUCAGUGGUGGACCCGAGGUGGAGGAUCAGUUUUGGCAGCUGCUGGCCAACAUCCUUCAGAGAACCACCAUAGUUUCCUAUGGAGCUGAUUCACAGCUCAUGUCAGCCUCAGGCAACAAGAAGCUGGUGGUUGCAGGCCUGUGGCAGACUGGCUUCCAGGCUGAGUGGAUGUAUGGUAGAGUGGGAGGACAAGAAGGAGGGGAGAGGAGGAGCUUCUCCAGCAGAGAGCUUCUCCUGGCGCUGGGCUGGCUGCUAGCUACAGGAACCCUGGAGAGACUGCUGACACAGCGAGCACAGCAGCUGGACAAGACACUACUGACAUCUCCACUGGUGAAUCCUGAGAUUUCUCAUCAUGCCCAGUUAGACGCCGCCUCCCUGAGGAGAAUGCAGUGGCUGAUUGGCUUUCUGCGAUUCCAGGGACGGACCCUGCUAUCCAUGCAGGAGGAGAAAGCCUGCCUCCUUCACGCAGUCCUCUCUUCCUCACCCUUGUCUUCCUUCUCUAACCAAAGCUCUACACUACUUAGAGUGGAGUGUGUGCGUAUGUGGCAGUUAUGUCAACUCUUAGAAGCCUAUGUGAGCUGGAAACAGGUGGAGAACCUGUUCUGGGUCUGGAUGGACAGUGUGGUGGACUGCCAUCUGACAGCUCUUGUUGUUAUGACACCCAGGCAUGCAACCAAUAGGAGAACGGCAGUUUGUUGCCAUGGUAAUCGAGGGUUAAAGAGACUGAAUGACAUAUUGUCAAAAUUGCCCAAAGCACAGAGAGGACAAAGAAGAGCCAAGGAGGACGCUUCAGAGAGAGAAGGAAGCCUAUUUUCCUUACUUUUGUCCCUGCCCUCCCUCCCUGCCACCUACCGAGCCAGGCUCCAGGACGACAGGCCCGACCAACAUACCCAUCACCCAGCAGAGGGGGUCCAAGGCCACAGCGGAACAGGGACUCUAGGUGAGCUCCAGGCUCCAGAGGCCAGGCGGCUGCUUCUUCAGGCAGAGGCCCAACUGCUAGAGGGGAGGGACAGACACAAACUGGCCAAUAGGUUACAAGUACAGGAGAUGGUUGGCAGGUUGCAGGAACUGGUGCUGAUACCACCAUAAAGUUUCUUUUUAAUGAAGAAAUCAUGUGAUAACUAGUUAAAAGGAAACACAUUUGAAUAUGUAAUGAAUUGAAUAACAUGUACUGAUCAGGUCUUGCACAACAGUAGAAAAGGAGCUUUUGACGUCUGGAAAUGCAUGUAAAAAUGUGUGUCCACUACACAAUGUCUUAAGUGUCACACACACUGUUUUUCCCAUGUAUAAAUCUCCUUAGUGGUUUAUAUGGCCAUUUGUUCCUUUAAGGUACAUUUUCCAUGCUCUGGGUGAAAAGUCCUGUGGCUGGAGGGUAUGCAUUAAAAGUGUAAUACACAAUGUUCACAAUUCAUAUUCUAGCCAUAAAGUUUUGAACUAACCUAUGCAAUCAUAGCAACAAAUUGAAACUUCAAGAGUAUGUACUCAAUAAAUCAGUGAGGUCAGUGAGCAGUUUUCAUCAGGUGUUAAGGCAAGUUCAGUCUUUGGAAGGUAGUGCAGCAGAGCUUUUCUGCCAUAUAUGCUGUAGUGUGUAUGUACUUUUUAAAUGUAGUGCUAACCUUAUUAGCUGUUUGCUACCACCCCACUUUGAUGUUAAAAUACUGAUUGUUUCAAAACUUUGUGGUUAUUUUCUAUCACUUAACAAUCUCU